CAACGAGAACAAGAGAGGGUUUUAUUGAUGACAGGUACCAACAGGUCUUUUAUAGUCCCUGUAGUUACUAGUCACAGAAGACUCGCUAAUACGUCGUAGAAAUAAAAAUGGAGGUGCGACUCAGACACAUAGUGCCCAAGCCCCACACCAGGUUGGAACACCACAGGUACAGUAGUAUCACGCGAAGCUUCCAGAGAACAGUGCUGUGGCUCCUAGUUUCGGAUCCAGCUUGGUGCGGUUGUUUUUCGGCACGGGGGGCUGUGUAUAAAUUAUCUUUCGGAUCGCGGGCAGCAGGGGAUUGGCUCUCUCCUGAGAGAAUGUUCUAUUCUGCUCAGGUUCGCACGCCACCGUGGGCUACGAGGAGAACUGUCACUCGGAUUUGCCAGAGCCGUUCUCCAGCACUAAGGUUACGGGGGGGACUAUUGAGAGAGGAGAAGGAGAGAGCCAGCCCAAAGGAUCAAGAUAUCAAGUUAGCAGGAGCAGGACGACCGAGGCAGGCUUGCGGGAAAAUACGCGGGAUUUAUAUGGCGCCUCCUACCAUUGUUCGGGACAAACAGGAACAUCCUGACCAGCGAGAAAUAGUAACCCCCAUAAAAUAACCAAUAAACCCUGGCAAAGAUUGUCCAUUGGAAAAAAAAAAA